AUGCCGAAGAAGCCUAAAGUAAACAAGUUGGCUCGUAUGUCAGACGAAGAACGAGCGAGGUACCUGCAACAUCGAGCUGAUGUCGAAGAAGAGGCUAGAAGAAGGAAACGAGAGCUUAUCGCUAGAUUUAUAAAGAAUAAACUUGAUAAGGAAGAAGCAUUCAGUCGUAUAAACACUUCAAAAAUAAACCAAGGAUGGCGGUACAUUCUACGACGGAUCAAAUGCAAGCAGAUGGAACAAGAUAUCAUGGGAAUGAUUGACAAUUUCAACUUCAUGGUAGAACGCAAGGAUCGACAAAUUUCCUCACUGACCAAAGCAAUCGAGGACGCUGAUGAACAACAUCGCCGCGCAUUCCAAGCUCACACAGAGACUCUGAGUUAUUUUCUAAAUGUCGGCUACCAACGCCUCGACAAACUACAAUCAAAUUACGAUCAACAAAAGAACAGCCUUCUUGAAACUGGAGAAAAAGAAGAACAAGACAUUUCUGACAGUCAAGAAAAAGCAGAAUUCAAACUGAAGUUGAUAAUUUACAUACAGAAUCGAAAUUUCGAGAAAUAUAAAAAGGAAUCCGAAUACCAGUAUGCUACAGAAAUUAAUGAUGGUCGGUUGGAGCACGAAGAACAAAUGCGCGCUCUCUGCAAACCCAAGCGUCUUGAGAUCGAAAACAUUUGGGCUCAACUUCGUGAAGUGUACAACUCGUAUUCUGAGCAACAUAAUCCCAUUAUGGGCCAUUACAAUUCGUUGAGGGAAAAAGACGACUUCUAUCGGAAAGAUAUCGCUAGAAAUGAGCUUCAAAUCCAACAGGCAACUGAUGUACUCCUAAAUCUUCAAAAAGAAUGGAUGAACACGACUAGCUCAAUAGCAUACAAACUUCAACGAAUGAACAAUCACAAGGAACAACUAACGAAACGAUACAGUCAGAUGAAGAAAGAUGACAAAACUGCGAAGAACAGAGCUGCAGAGAAACUAGAACUCAUGGUGAAUGUUAGUCAAGAUACUAUACAGCAUCUCGAGGCUUACAAAAAUAAAAUAAAUAAAAUAAUGCAACUGGCUGAGAUUUGUCGUAAAUACGAGACUAAGGAAGAUAUUGCUGUGUUAAGGGAAGCAGUAUCAUCAAACACCUCAGAGCUGGAAUUCGAAAAUCUCGACGAAGCUAUGGCGGAAGAAUACAAAGAAUACCGAAAACUGGACAAGUUUCUACUGAAAUCAAACCACGUUACAGUACAAACCAUGUGUUUGAAAGCUGAAAAGGCAAAGUUGGCUAAAGAGAAUGUCCAACUGAAGCAUUAUAUCAAACAAUAUUUAACGGAGAUGGCUCUGAGGGGAGGAAAAGACAGACCAUUAAGUGUCAAAUUACAAUCGGGGAUGCAAAAAAUUGACACUGCAGGAAAAGUAUUAAACCGUCCUGUUACUUGUAUCGAAGGUGUUCUUAGCAAUGCAGUGAUGCAUGAGAAGAGAAUGAAAACAUUGGCUCUAAAGAACAAGGAACUAGAAAUACGGUCGUACCCUAGGGUACAUUGCAGGAUGUAAUCUUUUGUAUAUUUU